AUGGACUCGACACCGGCUGAGGUGCAUCCACCCGGAGCACCGCUCGUCGCCGAUGAGAAGCUCCCGGCGACCAAGACCCCAACGACAACAUCCGUUCCCCCUUCGACCGAAGAGAAACUCGCGACUGCUUCUAUCCCUUCAAUAACGUCGGCACCCAUGCCGGAUGCGCCAAAACCUACAGAAGAAGAAGAUCUGUUGACCAAAGUCCUCAGAUUCUUGUCGACCGCGACUCCCGAAACCCUCGGCGCCGUCGCAGUUGGCCUAGCAGCAUCGACCUACUUCGUCCUCGGCAAGGUCGGACUCGUGCUAAUUGGCGCUUUCGGCGGCGUUGUCGCCUUCAUCACCUACGAGGCGCGUCAUCCAGAAGUCUCUCGGGCAGUCCGGGGCGAGAAGGGCAUCGACGUUCUUCAACGCCUGGCGCUAGUCAAGAUCGCCGAACCGCCCAAGAACGACGCGGAGGAGGAGGAGCGCCUCAUACAUGGUUUCGAUGACUUUCAGCCCGAGACGCGCGAGGCGUUGACUGGCCUGGUGGACGCCGUCAUCCGCGACUAUGUCAAAUGGUGGUACUCUCCCAUUCUUCCCAACGACAGCUCAUUCCCUCUCUCCUGCAGGAGGCUUCUCAACUCGUUCCUCCUCUCCGUCUCGAACCAUCUCUAUCGCAAACGACCCGCCGAUUCCUUCAUCGAUUUCAUGACCAAUGCGUCGUCCAUGUUCAUUGUCUUCCUUUCUGAGCUAUCCUCAGCAUUUACCGAGCAACACAACGAUCCCAACUCAUCGGCUGUUGAGAUCAUCGCAAAGUAUCUGGAAGAGAACCCCAAUUCGAAUCUGGCCAACCUUUUGAACCACCCACAGCAGGCAGCCAAGUUCCGCAAUGUGGCAGACGACCUUCUCGGCUUCUUGGAUCGGUCGGCAUACAACUGCGACCCAGCGCGCGUGUUUUUGAGAGAGAUCUUGGCAGGGGUCGUUCUCGAGAUGAGCUUGCAGUCGUGCUCCAAACCGGAGUGGAUCAACGGAUGGAUCGUAUACCUGCUGGAAGCUGGAGAGCCCGAUUUUAGUCAAGCUAUCGACGUUGGCAUGCAGACAGGACCUGACGCAGCCAACACUAGUAAUGCCAGUAGUGCGAACAACAACGCCUUCGCUGAUAUCGAUGGAAACCUCGGCAACAUUGCCCUGACCAAGGGCAACCGCAACUCACUGGACAUGGAGCGGGAUCGCCGGAAGGGAUCAGUAGUGACGCACAAGAAGCAGCUAAGCAAGGCUGACGAAGAGAUGGAGGAGGCUAUGGAGGAGAUGAAGCGCAUGAACGCCCUGAUUGCUGAGGAAGAGGCUAAGAGAGCCAAGCCACGACAGAGUGUUGACUCGAUAUCAAAGCCGACAGUACAGACCACUGAGGACAAGAUGGUCUCUUCGCCCGGGGAAUUGUCACCGAGAUCAUUGUCUUCGGCAGAGAAACCAUUGACGAACGGGUCGCAUGGCUCCAAUGAAUCCAACGGCUCCAACAAGGGUGAAAGCUUGCACUCACCUAUCACACCGAGAUCUACUGCAGAUUCUUCCAGCCAGAAGUCGUCGCCGAAACACGCCUACAAUGGAAGUGCAUCCCAGUUCCUGAACUUCGAUCAAAUCGUGCCACCUGCCAAAGAGGAGCAGGAAGCAUCGGAAGAGAGCACCCGCAAACCUCCUUUGACCCUUCACAAUGCCACUAUUACCCUCUAUGAGGACGGCAAUGACAGCAGCAAGAUCCGAAGCAAGCCAACUUGGGACUACAUGGUUCAGAUUGAGCCAUCGUCUUCACACUAUCCCGGUUGGAUGAUUGUCAGGCAGUAUUCAGACUUUGAGACUCUGCACGAAAUCCUCAGGCGUAUUGCAACAAUCUCGGGGGCGACCGCCUUCACGGAGCAGCAUUCCACACUUCCUAAUUGGAAGUCGCACACAAGGGCGUCACUGCGUGGCGAGUUGGAACGAUACGUGAAGGACGCAUGUUGGUACAAGCCACUCGCAGAAAGCGAGGGUAUGAAACGCUUUCUCGAGAAGGACUCAGGCCAUGGCCACAGUAAUUCCAAGUCUGGCCUGGCAUGGGACACUGUCGGCAAGAACAUGUUGGACGUCUUGACCAUGGGUCCAAAGGGUGCUAUGGAGGGCGGCAAGGCGGUGUUUGGCGGAGUGACUGGCGUGUUCAACAACAUCGGCCUGGGCCCUAGGAAGAACACGGCGGCUUCUCUGUCAGAGAUCCAAACAUCAAACCGAUGGUCGACAGGAACACCACCCCGGAUGGAUAGCACCACUAGCCUCAACGCUGCAGUCACGUCGCCAACCGGAGUGGGUCCCCGAAAGGGGAGGGACAGUCUCGACAGCCAAAGAUCCUCAAUCGUCUCGACCCAGCCAGGGAAGAUCGCUCCGAUGGACCGACGGCGUAGCUACGAUCCGCGUGGGGAUACUGAGGCGGACAGUCUCAAGCCUCGUUCUGAUCGCUGGGAAAAGACCUCACCAAGUGCUAAUGGCAGCCGCGAACAUAGUAGAGCUUCGAGUCUAGCGCCUUUGCAGUCACCUGCCCUGAGGUCACCUUCUUCCACGAGCCUCGAUGUUAUGAACCUCCAGUACCUCCCUCCGCCUCCGGACGAGAUGCCUGAAGACUAUCAAUCGCCCACGCAUGGGGACAUGCAGUCUAGGAUGAACGACCUUAUUGCGCCACGCAACUCAACGGGGGCUGUUUCGCCCGGUCUACCGCAGAGUCAGGCCAAUAAGAAGGAGCCAAAACCCGCACGACAAUACGCUCCAUUGUCGGAGCAAGAGGCAAACGUGGCUGUUGAGCUGGUCUUCGCCAUUAUUAAUGAGAUGUACACGCUCUCGUCCGCUUGGAAUAUCAGGCGCACGCUGUUGGCCGCCGCAAAGUCUUUCCUUUUGCGACCCGGCAACCCGUCCCUGCUUUCGAUUCAGAAGAUGAUGCAGGAGUCUGUCAUUGACGCCAACACAAAGGACGAGGGUCUCGCGUACCACCUACGCAAGUUACGAGAAAACACGAUGCCGACUGAUGAGGAGCGUGCGGCAUGGCCCGCCGAGAUGACCGAUGAAGAGAAGGAGAAGCUGCGCAUCAAGGCGCGCAACUUGCUUAUCAAACGAGGUGUCCCGGCCGCUUUGUCUGGCGUCAUGGGUCAGGCGGCAACGACUGACGCCCUUGGGCGUAUUUUUGACAGUCUUCAGAUCGAGGAGGUAGCGCGGGGCUUCAUGUUUGGCAUGCUGCUUCAAGCUGUCAGGGUUGUUACCCACUAA